UUUACAUUCACAAUGGAAGAACGGCUCACGGAAAGUUAUAUAAAAGUAACCGCAGAGGAAUAUGAAAGUUUGCAGUUUCUUACAAUAGUUGACAGUUUAAAACUUUAUGCAAACAUAAAUGGUGAAAGUGAGGCUGUUGUUUUUGUGUCAACGGAUGGAACACGUCAGAGUGUUACGUGGUCGGAGUUGUACGAAAAGUCCCGAAAAGCGGCACAAGCAUUUGUUCAUCUUGGUCUAAAGGAGCAUGAAGUGGCUGCAUUGAAUAUCCGGAACUGUCCGGAAUGGCUUUACGCUUCGUUUGGCGCUAUGAUGGCGGGAGCAAUUCCAAUUAGCAUUUCAUUCACCUAUACAGACACCAGUGAUCUUAUAGCACUGAUGGAAAAGCUGCAGACGUGUUCGUUACUUGUAAUGGAUCCUGGAUUGGAUAAUAUAAACUGGAAUAUUCUCAGACAGGUUAUAGACGAAUGUAAUGCCAGUGGUAGAGUCACAAGUGAGAAGAUGCCGUUCUUACGAUAUUUGGUAGGUGUCUCAUUUGACCAAGUAGGUGCAAAGCUUUUAAAGUUCAGUGACCUUCUGAACGAAAAUCAUUCAGAUAUCGAUCUUCCAAAAGUAGGUCCGAAAGAUAUAUCUCUCCUUUUUCAAACUUCGGGCAGUACUGGAAUACCGAAAGUGGUCGCACAUACCCACGAACCAUACGUUAAAGGUGUCACUGGAAAACACAUAGAUGUUAUGGACGCCAAGUACAAGCUUUUCAACGACCGACCAUUCGCUUGGUCAGGAGGGUUCCCCUUCUCUGUGCUUACAGGUCAGACAAGGGUAACUGUUUCUGGAUUUUGCGAGCAUCCUGAGGACAGGGUACGCUUCAUGACUGAGACAAUUGAACGAGAGAGAUGUACGUCUGUAUUCGCACUUCCCCCACUGAUGCAUGAGCUGAUUAAAAGACAGAAUGAACUUCCUCCGGAUUGGCCGGUAAUUAUCAUUUUGUGCUCCGGACAGCCUCUGACAAAGAAACUCGCAUCGUGUAUCGGAAAGUCCUGCAAUUGUUGUUGGUUGAAGCUUGUGCUGGCCGAGCAUAAGAAUUGA